AUGGACGGACUUGAAGCCCCUCAACUUGAAGCAUUACAGCGGCUGCAAAGUAUUCUUGGUCCACAUGACACGGAAUUCGUAGUCAGCGUUCUUGAAAGCGUUGCAUGGGAUGUUCAAAAAGCCACAGACCUGCUAUUCGACAAUGAACCUCCUCGAGUUGUAGAACCACCAAUCCAAACUACUCCAAUGGCACAGUUCGAGUUUCAUGACAUCGAUGAAGACUCGUCACCUGCAAUCCGACCUUCUCAACGUGGUCAGGGCAACCAGCGGUCAAAUUGGAGCUUCAUAUGGUCUAUACUCGCUGUUCCAUUGCACCUCGUGUCUGGCGUGCUGCGCUUCGUGUUUGGUGUUCUCCGGAUACCAAUCCCGUCCCUACCAUUCAUGACAACCAAUUCCUACCACUCUCACCGCUCCGUCUCCUCGGAUUCACGCAGCAUCACACAGAGGUGGGUGCAAGAACUGGAGGAAGAAACAGGUGCAUGCUCGUCAAAACGUUCGAUGGCGAAUGCCGUCACCACAGGAUUCGAGGCAGGGCCGUCAACUACAAGACGUCAUACGUAUCCACCUGCCGCCUCGGAUGAUAGUCAGAAAGUGCUGCCAGAUUUCUUUGAUGGCAGUUAUGAAGAUGUUCUUGACAUUUGCCAAAGAGAAGGACGGAUAGCAUGCGUUGUCAUCGUGAGCGCUGAGCACGAUGACGAUGCAGAGUUUAAGAGGUCUACCCUGACCGACGCAAGCUUCGUCAAGCUUUUACUGGAUAACAAUUUCAUUGUUUGGGGCGGAGAUGUCCGAGAGAAAGCUGCAUGGGAUGCUUCGCAAAAACUACAAGCGACUACGUAUCCUUUUGUGGCUUUCCUCGCCCUUCAACCUAGACGCCAUGGCGCCUCUUCCAAUUCUUCCCCGGUCGUCACGAUCCUAUCACGUCACCAGGGUCGUGCAGCCACGACUGCUCCUAUUUUAAUCGAACAUCUCAAUACACAGCUACUUCCACGUGUAACACCAUUCCUCGUACGAUUCAAAACGGCGCUCCAAGACCGCGACCGUGAUCGGCGCAUACGUGAGGAGCAAGAUCGCGCGUUCAGGGAGGCGACUCGUAGAGAUCGUGAGGCUAUCGAGGCGAGAAUACGGCAGGAAAAGGAGGAGGAGGAACGUGCACGAAGGCUAGCAGAAGACGUAAAGAGAAAGCAGGAGGAUUCGGCGAGGCAGAAGCAUCAAGCCGGAAUACGUAUGGAGUGGAGAAAGUUCAUGCGCAAAUCUCUCCUUGUACCCGAAGCACGCGGCUUGAGGCUGGCCAUCAAACUCCCUGGCAACGGACGUGUUGUCCGCAGUUUUCCUCCGUCGGCAACCCUUACUUCACUCUAUGCCUUUGCAGACUCACAGCUUAUCCCGCCUACUUCUCGCCCAGAAGAUGAUCCUUCGCAAGCGCCGGAGGGAGUUGUUGGUGAUAUCCCACAGCUUGAUUCUUAUAUCCUGAGCCAGACGGCAGGACACGCGUGGUGGGGCUUUACACUUGCUUCAGCAUACCCGCGGAGGGAAUUUAGGUGGAAGGCGAAUACGUCUUUGACAGAGAUAGGUCUGAGAGAUGGAGAGCAGAUUGUCAUGGAAUUGAUUACUGCACAUGUCUCCACUAAUGGACAGGUCUCUGACGACGAGUAUGAGUCAGAGAGUGAGUAG